UAGUGGCACGCUGAGUAACAAGACGAGCCCUAGAAACACAGGUCCUACACGAGCGUCGGUCCUGUUCUCAGAUAUUCAAUGCGAGAACGAUGCAGUUUCCCCUACAACUAUCUAGAAGGUGCUGGAAUGAACCUUGACCGCUCCGUAUUCCCGGUGCGCUACCUCAACGAGUAGCACCUGUGAUAUCUGAUUGGUCUACGAGGGCGUCUAGAUACACCGAGCACUGCCCGCACUGCCCAGGACGUACAGUUGGGCAACGAGGCGCUCAGUGGCAUUGCAAGAAGAGCAUUUACCGGUCAUUUGACGGACUGAAGGAGCCCGCAGUAUAAGUGCUCGUCCGAACAGUUUGCUCUGCCCAUCUAGCUAUCCAUACCACCGCGAGCACCGCACUUCGGCGGCUCAGACGUGGGAAUGUCGUUCAACUUCAAUGUCUUCGGGGCUGUCACCGGCGGUCUAGGUUUCUUGCUCGCCAUCCUCCAAUACCUCUUGUUCGUGACAUUUCGCCCGUCCCGCGUGUUGAGGGCUCUCGAAGAGAGUCUCGACUCCCUACAGAACGUCCUGGUUGAUGUACAGAGAGACGGCAUACCGGAUGAUGACUUCUCUCUAGGUUGGGCGGGUGCUCAAACAAGGCUCGACCAUUACAGGACACGAACACGUAUGCUCCGUUGCGAGGUCAACAGUCUGGCAUCAGUUACAUCCGAGAUCAACGCUAUCAUGUGCGGACUGACGUGCAAGCUGUUCAGUCUUCGUCGCAAGACGUAUUCAUUACUCGCUGAGGUCGCGGUGGCGGAACUCUUUGAACGCCAGCGACAAGAAGACCAUAUGUUGGACAACCAGUUCUCAGUGCGUGUGUUCGGCGCCACGGCCAUGUCUGCCGCAGAGGCAGAGCACUAUGAGGCGUCGGUCAACACGGCCCGACCGAUGUAUACAGUGCGCAAUAGGCGCGUUGCCUCCUAUGCAAGUGCAGAAGCCAUAGGUGGAAAUAUCGACCCCUCAAACGCUUCACUUUAUUACCGAACACGCGAGGCUGGCUGUUCUUCGGUCAUGAACUCAAUAUCAAGCGAAAGUGCUACUGCGGGAACGUUAGUAACUCAUCGGGAUCUGCCUUGCCCAUACUCGUCAUAAGAAUAAGCCUAUAGGCGUGCUCCAUCUUGACCAAGGGCUGUCUACGAGGGUAGCUAUCGGAGUAUCUACCGGCCACAACGAGUAAGUCU